UUCAAUUCUUUGUUUACAUUUAAAAUGCCACUGAAGAUAACGGGAUUCCUGUUUUGCAUAGUUUUAAACAUUUGCAGUGUGAAUCCUUUGCCCAUUUUUGAUUGUCCAUCUGAGUGGAUUGAGUAUGCUGAUCAUUGCUACAAGUUUGUGUUUCAUCCAAAGCGCUCAUAUCUAGGAGCUCAAGAAUUCUGCAAGGAAAAUGGAGCAGAAGUUUUGGGUGUGGAAAGUAUUGCUGAACACAUGUUUGUUCAUGGCUGGUUACUUAACUUUGACAUGGAGAGAAACAGUUGGUACACCAGUGGAGUUGCUUCCCUUGAGCAAGAUAAUUUCCUGAACUUGGACAAUUUAGACAUCCAGUUGAGUGGAAAUAUACAAUGGUCUACAUACUCGGAUCACAAUAACCAUGGAUUGCAUAUCAUCUACAAAUAUUCUGACGGACAGUACAGCUGGAGUAAGGGAGAUGGCAGUAACUUGAUGAGCUACAUUUGUGAAAUUCCAAAGAAUGAAGUCUACAGAAUACUACAAGAUUCAAGAGACUUCACAUAUGGAACAGACUUUCCAGAUGAGGAGUUGGCACCCAAGGGUCCAACGUUCUAUUUACUCCCCUCAGACACUGAAAUUUUAGGAUCCACCUCAGAAGUCUACCUAGAAUGUGCUGCUACUGGGCUCCCACAGCCCACGUAUCGGUGGACUGUUAUGCAGGACAGUGGGCAGGCCCAGUCCUUGGUGGGCCCACAGUACACAGUGACCAAUGGCCGGGUCAGCAUCGACAACCCACAGGUGACAGUGGACGGAGGAAAGUAUCAAUGUAUGGCUCAGAAUAAGUUUGGAGUUAUUCUUACCCCACCUGUAGUGCUGGCUUUUGCAGAUUUAGGAGAAUUUUCCAAUGUUGAUACGGCCCCUGUUCGUCCUUCUGAAUACCAGGGAACAUCCAUACAGUGUCCAAAGAUAUCCUCCACUUCCAGUCUACCUAUAAGUUACAACUGGAUAAAGGACCAGACAAAGCCAGUAAACUCUCAGUUAACUCCCUACGUGUUUAUCUCGGGAGAUGGGCAACUGUAUUUUUCGGAGGUGACACGGGGAGAUAAUGGGGUGUACUACUGCAUGGCUACCCUAACAAAUCCUACCAACAGAGAUAACUACAUGGGGUCCUUCCAGUCUCCCAGUCGUAUCAGUACGGGGAUUCCGUUAGAAGUCCUAGGCUCUCCUUCGGGAAUAUUGAGUGUUCAGAUCCCAGACAGUUUUGUACAAGUGUUUCCAAGGCAACCAGUAGUAGGAAGUGAUGUCAAGUUGGAAUGUUUUGCAUAUGGAAGUGGCCCUUUAGUGUAUCAGUGGACCGUCCCCUCUGUGAGAGACCAGCGGACCAGAUUCAAGUACCUGGACGGUAACCGAGUACUGACCAUUGCGGAGGUCACUCUUCAGGACACGGGGGUCUACUCCUGUAUCUGUAGCAGCAGGCGGUCAGGCACCAGGGACCAAAAGGAUUUCCACCUAAACAUAGAGUCAAAGCCCCUGUUUUCCGUAGGACUGAGUGACCAGCACGCUGACAAGGGGGCAGAGCUGACCUGGAGGUGUCAGGCUUACGGGAUUCCACGGCCCACGUACACCUGGUACAGGAACGGUCAGCUGUUGUCCAGUACCAUGGAAAUGACCAUCACGGGGAACGUCCUGGUCAUCCAUAAUCUGAAGGGAGACCAGGAGGGGAUGUAUCAGUGUAUGGCCAGUAACACCCACGGAGUGUCCACAAGUAGUGGCCAGCUCAGGGUUCUGUGUAAGAGCCCUCCCCUCUUCUCUUAA